AAUAUCUUCGUCUUCCCCCUUCUCGCCGAUGGCUGCAACACCCACUGCCGCCGUUUUGCUCGCGCGCCCGCUCAUCGCACUCUCCAGUGCUUUCACCUCCCCUCAUCGUGCGCGGGUGCCGAGCGAUCCCUCCUCCAUCUCGGUGCCGCCACUGAGGAGUCGAUGGUGCCAGUGGCGCGGCCCGCUCCGAUCGCUGCCCCCCGAAGGAGCUCCGGCCGAGCUGAUGGAAGAGGACUCCAAGUUUGUGCCGUUGAACGCGGACGAUCCCAUGUACGGCCCACCGGCGCUACUGCUCAUCGGAUUUGAGAAAGGCGAAACUGUCACGAUUCAGGCCUUCCUGAAAGAGCUUGAAGGUGAAUUCCUCAAGGUGAUCCAUUGUACAGAGGAGAUGACAAAGCAAACCUUAUGGGAUGCCAUGCACACUGAGCAGCCUGAUUUGGAAGCUGUCAAGAUUGCAGGACCACUGCCAAGGAUAUGCAUAUUUUCUGGUCUAACUGGCGAGGAGAUGAUGAUGUUCAUCAACGCCUUCCCAGAAACCGGGCUGGAAGCAGCUGCCUUUGCUGCGCUUGUCCCUAACAGUGCAGAGAAGGUUCUCGGCGAAGUGAUCGAGGAAAUAAUGGGAGACCAUGAGAUGCUGACAGGAAAGGACUCCAAAUGAGAAGAAUUUGAAGCACGGACAUGCCUAUCAAGAAAAUUGUCACUUUGCAUUCUGAUAUAUGGCAUCUAAAUCUGAUUCAAAUUGCCGCAACAGGAAGCUGGGUAUGGAAAAAACUGUUCAAGAUAGUGUUGCAGAAGAAACAUCAGUUUAAUUUUUCUUCUGAUAAAUACGGGUCCUUUUCCAUCUGGUCACCUCCAGAAUUUGAGCUCCUACUUACUGUAUGUCGUACAUAUAAUAUAGUUUAUAGUGACCAACAAGUUGCUCAUGACUGGCCAGCUUUUGGACUUUGGGGGCUUUCUGUCCGUUGACUUUUUUCUAUUGAUUUUUAUAAUAUUUUAUUUAGCUUUUCAGUACAUAACAAUCUAGAGAGGCUUCUCUCAGCGUGUUUUAUAGCUUUUAGUUUAUUUGUUUACUCAAAAGUCAGUUGUCCAGAUUUUUAAACGCCAGGUCAACAUCUUAUGGCUUCUGGCUACCAGAAACUAUUGAAACAAAGCUGAGAUAAAUAUUUUGAGACAUUCCCAA